GGCCGCGCCGUUACAGGAAGAGACUGAACAAAAGGAAGAUCUGCCGUGAAAAGACCCUCCAUGUGUCCGCUGCGAAACCAGCUUUCGACGGGUUGAUCUAGAUUUUCUUCAACUUCGCUUCUAUCAUUUUCUGCACUAUAAGACGUGUAUUCCGCUGCAGUAAUCGGGAGGACAGAGGGAAAUGCAGGACUACAGAGGCCCUUCUGUGAUCAAGCUCAGCAGGCUGGCUUUUACUCAAGUGAAGACACAGGACACAAAACUCUGCCAUCAAUGUGAAAAUUGAGACGACACUCCUACAUGUCCUUUUAUCAGGAUGGAAGGCAAUGGAUGCCACCAGCGAUGGAGGAUGCAUCUUCCACAUUUAAAACACAGCAAGACAUUAAGUCCAACUCCAGAGGACAGUAGAGAGACAAAGAAAUAUGUGUCCAUGGCAGUCACCUCCAGGUAUCUGACAGACAGACACUAUGUGAUGAGGAAACCGCUGUUCACUACAGAACAGCAUUUGUCUAUCUUAAAGAAGUUCACGGAGAAGGAAAAAAAGCUUUGUGUUAACAGAAGAGAACUGGCAGACAUGAAACCCAUGACAGGACAACGAGAGGCACUUAUUCCAGAGAAGUAUGGCCUCUCUCACCACAGCAUCUCACCGAGCCCAACAACCAGAGAAGAUCCCCGUCUAACUCUGAGCGCCCUGGACCAGCCUCAGCUUUGCUGUGGAGAACCUCCUUUAGGGCCACUGCUUCAUGGUGCCAGAGCAGCUAAGCAGAGCCUCUCAAGUUCUGUUCUUGAAGUCCAGAAACUAAAUCCUCCUGUAAGGCCACCGUUGACUUCCACAGUCCUGUAUCCUACCUACACGCCUCGCUCAGGCUACUCCAAACCAGACCAGACUCAAAUCAGGCUUUGGGAUAGAGAUGGGACCGAAGGGGGAGAAGCAAAGCUAAGAUCUCCUGCAGUCUCAAAAGUAGCUUCUUUGUCUUCCAGUCAGGAAAACUACUGGAUUUGUGCUAUUCCUAAAGGUUUACCCCCAUCUUCAGACAGGAAGUCUGCAAGCUGGAAUCCAAACAAAGAGUACAAAGCCCUGCUGGACUACACGUACCCUCUAAGACCAGUACAUGUGGAGAGUGAAUGGGACAUCUCUGAGCAGCAAGGAGAUUCUCUUCCCCAAACUGAUGCCAAACUCCAAGACUCGGGAAUUGAGCUGGACCACCUUUUCAAUUCCACCAGCUUGUCAGAAUUUGGCUUUUCUGGAAAUGAGGUAGGGGAGACCAGAGAAAGUAACACUCUCAGUGCAAGUUACAGGUCUCCUGACCUCCAAGGUUUCACCAGAUCCUCGGACUGUCCAUUCUCAAGUACCCAGCUGUCCCCUACUGAUACCAUGGAUUUGUCCUUUGUGAAUUUGGACUGCGGAGGAACACAUAAUCACAAGAAUGAUGGUUGCCAUCAUCAUCGGCACACAAUGCUUUCCUCCAAUUUCAGAUCUUUUAUCCAUUCAACCAGUGUUCUUCCACGGUUUACAUGUGAUUGUGGGGACAUUGAUGAGGAUUUCUGGCCUCUCCCAGAGCAGCUGGAGGGCCUGCAGCAGUUGUCCAGACAGGUAAGGGAGUUGACGGCUAAGCUGACCUGCCCUGUGACAGCCCGCUGUGAGUCUCUCCACCCAGGCACCACAUCCAUCCCAUCCUCCACUCAUUUACCUGAGAAACAGGGGGAUGAAGAACGGGCAGCAGGUGACCUCAGGGGCUCUGAGACCUCCAGGAAGAUUUUUGGUUCCAGGGUGGAAACUGAUGGAGGAGGAUUUGUACAGUCCCGACUAAGGGAGAUGGGGGCUUUGGUAGAAUGGCCGUGUGACCCCACCAUUCCCAGUCCGAAGAACAGACCAGAGGAUCAGGAUCAGAAUUACACUUUGAUGCAACACAUUCAGGUCUUCUGUUCACAGCUGGAGCUUCUCAUCCAGCAGCUGUAUGCAGUGUCCCGGAGGAUGGAGCGGCUUGCUGCACCCACUGUGGACAUAGACAGCGUGAGGUCUUCUAUGACUGAAUAUCAGCACUUUCAGAGAGAGGUGUGCAGCCAGCAGCCCCUGACCAGCACCGUUCUGCAUGCUGGACAGCAUCUCCUCCGCUGCAUCAACGUAUCCUCUCCACUUUUAAGAGACACCCUUUUGCUCAUUGAGAGAGAAUCUGGAGCUCUACAGACCUACACGGAUCACUUCUUCUCCUCCAUAUUGUCAGCCAUGCACAGCCUGACGGAGCCGCCCCAUCCCUGUCUGAAGCAGAGACGAGAGGAGGAACCUGGAAUCACCUCACCGUCCAGUUCGUGAAGAAACUGUACAUCAUGUCUCUGUCUAUGAAUAGUUAUUUUACUUUAUUUAAGUUCUCACUUGCUUCUAACAAUUCCAUAUUUUUUUUAAUGCCAGACUUUAAAUAAUGAGACCUUAAACAAUGUUCUUUUUCUUUCUUUUUUUUACACAAACUCGUGGGACUGCCGCAGGGCUUCAGCUCCCUCCCAAACAUUCUGUUUCGCACUUAUUACACUUGUAAUCACGUGCAUUUAAUAUUAAAGGACAAGGAAGCAGUUACGUUUAAGUGGAUAUGUUGUCUGCUCAAUAAGAGGCACCCGGGUGUCGGAGAGCUGCUCUGCCACACCAGCAGCAGUAACUACAGUAACUACAGUAACUAACUCUGCCACACCAGCAGCAGUAACUACAGUAACUACAGUAACUAACUCUGCCACACCAGCAGCAGUAACUACAGUAACUAACUCUGCCACACCAGCAGCAGUAACUACAGUAACUACAGUAACUAACAGCAGAAACCUCACUGCUGUACUCGGAUCUGAGUCAAGUGAAUGACCGAGUUUUUCCAUCAACAAGCUUUUUCAUUCCUGCAAGUGGUGCUAUAUUCUAAAAGGAUAAUGCCAGGAUUCAAACUGUGAAAGACUAGUCCAGGAAAAAUAAAAUAUCAUGUUCACAAACUGGCCACCACUGCAUCUAGAUAUGAACCCAGUUGAGAACUUUUGGGAUGUGCUGGUUAUCUCUCAUCAUCAAUACAAGACCAUGAUUUAAAAAAAAUAAUAAUUGAAAAUGCCAUUCUGGAUUUGAAUGAAUGUUACGUUUCAUAAGAUUAUCAAAUGGUGUACAUUUUUUCACAAUGCUGUAAAAAAAAAAACCUGGUCCAACAAAAUGUGUUUUUAUGGGUUUUUGUUGUUGUUGUGUUUUGGCCAGACAGUGACUACAUCAUAAAAACAACCUUAUAGUGUCUUGGGACAGGUUGUAUCUUGAGCACAAACGGGUAUCAAGUACAACCAUGUGCACGUUAUUGGAUGAAUAUCAAAUUUAAUUUAAUUGCUGAUCAAAUGCAGUGUGUUCUCAAUCAGUGUAUAAGAUUAUAUUGUUAAUGAAGGAAAAUGUGAGUUCUGUUUUUCUUUGGGUCAUAUUGGAUGCAAAAUGACUUAUCAACUGGAUGAAAUAGUUUUGAACAACUGAAAGUCACUGCGUUUUAGUUUUGUAGGUCAGAGCAGCUAAAUGACCAGUCGCCACGUGUUUGUUUGUUUCUUCAGACACAAUAUGCUUAAGUUGAUACACACAAACAAUUAUGAUUUUGUUGAACCUACAACCUAAGAAUUUGCAGCGCUGAAGAAAAAAAGUAAGUCAACGCACAAUAACAAAAAAUCCUUUUGUUCUGCUUAAAAGAAAAAAGAUUAAAUUAAAAAAAAAUCAAACAUCAUCCUAGCAUUGACAUGUGGAGGGAGCAUCAUGAUCUGGGCUUACGGCAUUGUCCACCCAAAAUCCAACAUAUUUUUCAUCUGUCCUUGCAAAUAACAAUUUUGUGCUUAUGAUCACAACCUUAUGAAAGAGUUUACAUCACAUGAAUUUAAAGAAAAAAUUCCACUAUAGUUCUUUUCAGUGCCACGGUCAACUUUGUUCAUUUAAAACAUUUACAAACACAAUACUGCCCCAAAGUGCUGAACACAUGAUGAAGAAGAGGAAUCAAAAAAGAUAAUAGUAAAAUGUUAAUAGUUAAAAUAAACAAAAAUGUCUCAUUCAGCUUGAGUUAAAAGCCACUGCAAAGAAGGAGUCGCUCUCUUGUGUCGUGGCAGAGAGUUCCACAAAAGCUCCAUCUCCUCUGGUUUUUAGUCUAACAGCAGCCGCUCAACGGACCUUCCUGCUGGAUUGUGCAGAGUCAGCAUUUCAGAUAAAUAGGAAGGUGCUAUAUACUGUUCCCGCUGCUGCUUCCACCUGCCUGCUGUGUGCUGCUGACGUCCCUGACUCCCCCAGUCUGGCCUUCGGCAGGAGGGUCCCCCCUUAUGAGCCUGGUCCUGCUCAAGGUUUCUUCCCUCCUAAAGGGGAGUUUUUCCUUGCCACUGUUUGGCUUAAGGCUUUUCUCCCACUAAGGGAGUUUUUACCUGCCAUUGUUUAUGUAAUAACUGCUCGGGGGUUUAUGUUUAUGUUUAUGUUUAUGUUUAUGUUUAUGUUUAUGUUUAUGUUCAUGUUCUGGAUCUCUGGAAAGCGUCUAGAGACAACAUCUGUUGUAUUAGACGCUAUAUAAAUAAAAUUGAAUUGAAUUGAAUUGCUAGAUUAUUAAGAGACUUAAAACAACAACAGAAUCUUAAACUGGAUUCUAAAAACAACCGGCAGUCAGUGCAAAGAGGGCAGCACAGGGGUGGCCUGCUCCCGGAAUCUGGUCCAUUAUCAAUGCAUCUGUUAUCGAUGCAUGUACAAUUUCUUCCAUUUAGUUUGGAGGCAGGUAAGGCUUAACCUUGCUGUACCCCUCCUAUGUGAUUUCUUGAAGGGUUCUCUCAGAUGUAAGUCGCUUUGGAUAAAAGCAUCUGCUAAAUGACAAUAGUAGUAGUAGUAAAAGGAGGCGACAUCCAAAAUCAAAGAAUACGCAGAGAGAGAGUCUUUAUUCUGCUGCAUGCUAUUUUAAAAAUGGUUGCACAAGUUUUAUUAAAGGCCACUUUUUCUUUAGUUCUUCGCCUUAUAUCUUGCGACCUUCUUUUAUUGUGCCCCCCUCCACUCGCCCACAAGCAGGCCAAGCCUUUGUGCCAAACUGCCAAAUUAAAUUACAAUUAAUUAAAACCCGUGCUUAUUAAUCACAAAACACAGGUUAAACAUCAUGACCAAAUCCGCUCCGACCCGCUGUGUCAGUAUCAGCGCAGACAGACUGCAGCUUCGCCUGAAUUAUGGUUCCGCGUUAAAUCGACGGCGUAGCCGACGGCGUAGGGUCGCGGUGGGGUGUGCGUCGCCGCGUACCCUACGCCGGCGGUUCUGCGUUAGUGUAACGCGGAACCAUAAAUCAGUCUUUAGUGUGCGCUCUGUGCUGUUCUGAACAUUUCUCUUCUCUUCUUUCGGAUGAUGGUCCCGUCUGUCACACAUUUACUGUCAGUGUUUGCUAUAUAAAAUAUAAUAUUUGCAAUAUACUGUGGACAUCUGAAUAAAAACUUAACUCAUAAAUAGAUGAAUCAAAGCGCUCUCCAGCUCUGUGUCUGAUUGUCUUUUUCUCCUCAGAUCAUGCCGAGCACCGCGGGGUCAAGUAAACCCGACCAAUUAAAUAUUAAAAUCAAAUUCAGUCCUGUGGCCCGUUUUUCUAUUUCGUAUUUUUGAUCUGUGCCUAAAAUUGAAAUAUGAAAAACCAGACGUUUUU